GCUGAGACCACUGCUGUCCUACGGAAAAGAUAUCUGAAUGACUGAAUUAUUGAAUUAUUAAUCACGACGAACGUGUUCUGUUUCACAAAAAUGAAAACUUUGUUAAAUACUACGAAUAAAAUGCAAUCAAUUCGUUUUGUAGUGUACUCAAUACUCCACGUGAUCAUUUUGUACGUUCUCGUUUGUUCUGUUAGUGACGAAAACGUUCGUGCUGAAAGUCUCUUUCAUCAGGUAUAUUACAAGGAUGGCGUGUGCAAGCAGAUCGACGCUGCUAUUCGAGAAAUUUGUUCAGUAGAUGUCCCACCGAAAUUUGAUACUGAAAACGACAACAUUUUGGUACCUUUAGGUCACCGACUAUACGAAAAUGAACUCCUGAAUGUUGACAACAUUCAGUGA